AUGGGAGCUGCGGAAAUUGGACCGAGCUCCAAACUCCGCAACGUCUGUGUUUCCUCAUUCGGCCCCGAUCCAAGUACGACAAAGAUCAUCGUGCAUUCGACUAUUUACCUCUUCAGCGAGGAGCAUGCUUAUCAGGUGUAUGGCAUGCAGGCAUGGCGGGUCUCAUUCAUGAGACGUCCACAGUUACCAAAAGGACGAUGCAUUCGCAAGUUCACAGCCAGUGCCGCACGGGCGAAGGAAGACGGUGGGCCAGGACAAACGAUCGAGAACGAGGUGAUACGACGAGAACACAUAGAAAUCGACGCUCGAGAUGCGAAGCGACGUGCUGAAUCAACCCCAAGACGCGCUCACCGCGGACAUACGCGUGCGGGAGAGGAGUUAGGGGAAUUCAACCCAACGCCGUCAGACGUCGACUCUGACAGUCCCAACUUCUUCACUAAGAUACCAGGCGAUGCGCGAACGUACCGCUCGCGCAAGCACGGCAACCCACCGUUGCCGCUUUCGCCGUUCAUAGACCCCGUCUUCGCGGCUGCGCGGAACAAAUGGAAGAUGAAGAAGGCACGGCCGCCCCUCCCAGAAGACAUGACGCCGUUCCAGAAAAGGCUGUACAGCAACCCGUACGCGCAGGCUCUUGCCACUCCCGUUCGCACAAGCGGUGUCACGGACACCCACCUCCCGCGCUUCUUCCUGUUGCCCUUCCAGUUGCACCCUUCUCCGGAGCCACCGCAUGCGCUCACGUGGGUUCCCGUCCAGCUGUGGGCCUCGGCCUCAGGCAAGCCUCUUCCAAAGUCCGUUCCGCAGACGUACUUCGAUCUCACGCGGGCGACGCUGGACAUGCUCGCGGGCGAGGACGGGCGCCGAGUGGCCACGCUGGCGGUCGGCAAGCACCUGACGCCCGCGAUGAAGAAAAAGCUCAAGAUACGGCGUGAUGUGGGCGACCUGGUGCUGGAGCUUUUGAGGGAGGAGGCCGUCAAGGUGCUGAAGUGGCCGUUCAGACACCCUGGCGCCCGCCUCGUUGAACGCUGUGAUGGCGGCGCGCUCGCGGUAAGAGAAAUGGGCGCCGGUGUGGGCUGCGUGCUGUACACCGUGCCGCUGACCAGCGAGAAGCUCGAUCUGAUCGCUCAACGCGUGCACAUGGAAGUCCUCGCGGCCGAGGCCCUUGGCAACAAAGCGCGCGGGGAACAGCUGCUGCGAUGCCCCCGCGCCCCCGGCCCGAUCAAGGUGCCGCUGGCGCCCGUGCUGGCGCCCCUGCAGAACCUCGCCGCCGUCUACCCGCCCUUCCGAUACUCGACGACGACGGACUGCGACGGCAAAGCCGUGCCCGUGUACGGCCUCGUCGAGCUGCUGGGCCGGGAGAAGCUGGACGAGCUCCUGAGCGGCACCGUCUUCGAAGACGCGCCCUGCCUCGUCGUGAGGCAGGAGUGGAGGAGCUGGAAGCCGCAGAUGGCGCUGCUGAGGCUCCAGAACUACCUCAGUCGCGAGCUGCUGGAAAAACCCGCGGCGGAGCAGCGGUCGGCUGCCAAGAGCGAAGGCGGUGGCCAGACCAAGGGCGAAAAGCCAAAAGCGGACGAUCGGAGCGUGGACGACGGGUCGUCGCUCGCGUAGACCGCGCCUUCCGACGCGAUCACGAAGCGGACAGCGGCAGUGACCGCCGGACGUCGAGUCGGAAGCGUGCACUGGCAAUGUCACAUUUAUACAUUUCGUUUCGUUUUUUUUUCAGGGUCCAGCCCUUAUAGCUCAGUUGGUAGAGCGCGACACUAGUAACCGCUACUGAGAUGUCGAGGUCUACAGUUCGACUCUGUAUGAGGGCAAAAUAAAUUUUUUUUCUUUUUCCCCCCCCUUCGUUCCUUGCGAUAGGGUCUUGGUCUGUGAGAAAGAAGAAAAGCGAAAAUGAUAGCUAGAUUUUCAAGUAGAAAUAGCACGUUGAAAGUAAGAGGGUGUAUCAGUUCAAGAGUCAAACCGGGUGCAAAAACUCCCUUCGCCGCCCUGCUCCCCCCC